CGUCAUCGGUCACGGAGCCUGGACAAACGAAAGGAAAGGAAAAUGGCUGCAGUGUGUUAGCUACGCCUGCUACCAGACUGUCUUCUGCUUGGCGAUUUUAAGGCAAAGUUGUCAUGGAGAAACAAGGGGGGGAAAUGACUCCUGAGCAGGACGCCCUGCAAUACAUCGCUGCUUGCAGAGACAAACCUUUCUUGGAAGAAAGGUUUAUAGACUCCCUUAAAGGAAAAGGUGUUUUCACCCACAAAACUAUUGAACCAUCUUCGUUUGUUGUUGAAUAUCGUGGAAAAAUCAUUUGUCACAAAGACAAAAGGCCUGAGAACAAACGUGGUCAUACUGUGAAUGGCUUCUUGUAUGAGUUUUCAUGGAAAGGCGCACAGUGGUGCGUUGAUGCUUCAAAAGAGGACGGUAGCCUUGGAAGACUUGUGAAUGACGAUCACAAAAGUCCAAACUGUGAAGUGAGGAAGGUUGUUUGUGAAGGGAAGCCACACUUGUGUCUGUUUGCAGUGGAGAAGAUAUCUCCUGGCGAGGAGAUAACCUACAACUAUGGAGACAAGGCUUAUCCGUGGCGCUCAACGGAUGAGGACUUGGCUGCUUCCAACUCUGAGGAAUCUCACUCUGAUGAUGAUGACAAACUACCCGGACCAAGUCGUAGAAGGCACAGUUUUGGCAGCAUCAACACUCGGCUGCAUUCCAGGGACAGUUCACCGUUUACCAAGUUAGAUUCUUCUCGAAAAAUGAGAAGUACCAGACGGCAACUGGACGACAUUUCAUCCAUCCAGAAGGGGGAAGAUUCUGCUUUGAGCUCCAACGAACGUGAGUCGGAUGGAGACUACGAACCCAGUGACACUGAACUAAAGAGCAGCUGCAAGGCUGCAGUAAAGACCAAAAAACCCCAUGUCGCUGCUAAAAAUUAUUGCUAUGUAUGCAGUAAAGCUGUCGGAAAAAUCGCUCGACAUUUUAAGAAGCAUGCUGAUGAAGAGCCUGAAAUUGCUGCAGCCUUAGCUUUACGCAAAAACUCAGUCGAACGUAAAAGACAGCUUGAAAAGCUACGAAACAGAGGAAACUACAGACAUAAUCAAGAAGUGUUGAGGAGUAACACCGGAGUGCUAAAACUGAGAAGACGGCCAAAAGAUGAUGUGAUAAAUGCUUCAAAAUUCGUGCACUGCCUGUUUUGUAAAGCCAUGUUUAAACGUGCUGAAAUAUCGAGGCACCUACCCAACUGUGCUAAGAGAUCAUCAGGCGAUGCUGGUAGCAAGACGGUCGACUUCAGUGAGGAUGCUCUUAGAGAGUCUGAGCUUUUAAAAAGUCUUCCAUCUAGUGUGUGGAGGAUACUUGGUGCUAUGAAACAAGAUGAGGUGGCAUUUGUAGUUCAAAAUGAUCCCCUUCUAAUACGGAUGGCACAGAAUUUUGUAGAUGAGUAUGGAAACGACCCAAGUAAGCAUGAUCACAUCCAACAGAAGCUGAGAGAAAUGGGAAGAUUCUUGCUGGCGCUGCAUGAUAAGGGAAUCUUUAGCUUUGAAUAUGCUAUCAAGCCACAAAACUUCUACAAAGUUGUUGACACUGUCAAAAACCUUGCCGGCUUUAAUGCAGAAGAGUGGAAAUACAAAAACCCAAGUCUGGCUUUAAAAUUGGGAAAUUCACUCAAAACAUUAGGUGACAUUCUCAUCAGUGGGGCCUCCAGUGAUAAGAAGGUGGUGAAAGACGCAAACGCAUUCAUUAAACUGUGUGAAACACAGUGGACUGAACUUGUCUCUCAAACUGCUGUCGCUUCGUUGACUGGACGAAAAGUAAACAGCCCGUCUACCAUACCAUUCACGCGUGACGUCCAGACUUUCUACAUGUAUCUACAAAAAGCAUCGACCUCUGCCAUCGAGAGCAUGACAGCAAAUGAAAACCCUCAGGUGUACAGUGCUCUGUCCAGGGUGACACUUGCACAGGCAUCCGUCAUAAACAAAUGUGCACCCGAAGUUUCAGCGAUGACCCUGAAGUCAUUCCAGGAGAGAGGUGACACCACCCGGGCGCUGUCCAAGCACUUCAUCAAAAUAAAUAUUAUGAGCCAGACUGGUGAGAACGUCGACGUUUUGUUGACAUCUCAACUCGUCAACGCCUUAACGCUGCUCCUGAGCAAGAGGCAUGCAUGUAAUGUGCAUGAAGACAACCCUUUCUUGUUUGCAAAGCCUGACUGCUCUUCAACGAGCCACUACCACGGAGGAAGCUGCAUCAAGGCCAUUUCAAGCGUAUGCAGUGCUAACAAUCCGGAGCAUCUCAGGUCGGUGCACCUUCACAAGCAUACCGCUAGAAUCUUCCAGAUUCUCAACCUGGAGAAUGACGAGCUUGCUCGCCUUGGUAAGCUGCUGGGCCAUGACAUCCAAGCUGAGAGGGACUACUACCGUCUGCCAGAGGCGGCUGUUGAACUCGCAAAAAUUGCAAAACUGAUUCUUGCAAUGGAAAAGGGUUCUUUGGAAAAGUUCAAAGGAAACUCUCUGGAGGAAAUUGAAAUUGAAGAUGAAUUGGAGCCAGAUGUGGAGCAGGGCAACCCCGAAAGCAUGGAUGCUGAAGAAGACGAAGAAGAGCUGGAUCUUCUACUUCCGCAGAGCGAUGAUGUGGAGCAACAAAGCAGACAGCUGACUCCUGAGCAGGACGCCCUGAAGCACAUAAAGGCUGGCAAAGACAAGUCCUUCCUGGAGGGAAUCUUUAUCGACUCCUUUAAAGGGAAAGGUGUGUUCACUCACAAAUCCAUCGAACCUUCGACCUUCGUUGUAGAGUUUCGGGGGAACAUCAUCCCUCAAGAAGAAACCCAGAAAAAGAAACGUGGGGACUCUCUGAACGACUAUUUGUUUGACUUUUUUGGAAGGGAACAAACUGGCGCAUCGAUGCUUCAGCAGACGACAAAAGCCUUGGCAGACUGGUGAACGACGAUCACAUAAGUCCCAACUGCAAAGUGAGGAAAAUCAUUUACAAGGAAAAGCCUCACUUGUGCCUGUUCGCCCUGAAGAAAAUAUCAGCUGG